AUGGCUGCUGCUGCUGCUGCAGUAUAUAAUGAGCGACUUGGGUGGGUGGGACAUCUUUACCAUGUCUUCCCUGGUCCUAUCGACCCUUUGAUCUUGAUCUCCAACUUCCAGCUUCCCACUUCCAACCAUGCGGACGACAACAACAAACGGUACGCUCGCGCUGGCCAACAAUGCGACUUCCAACACACAUCAGAGAUGAUCAGCCCCUUGACUGUGUGCGAUCCGUCACAGCCGCCUGCGCGUGGCUUCGAAGUCCCUCCAUCACCUACUUUCUGCCCGAGUUGUUUCCUCCCUGUUGGUUCCCAGUGUUGGAUCCCUGGUUGUUUCCGGCAUUGGCAUUUCUGUCGCCUGCGGAUUGGGCUCGAGCAGAAAAGCCGCUGGAUGACAUGUCUUUGCCGCCCUGGGCCUGAAAGAACGAAGACAGAAGUCAGAUUUUCGACAUCCUAA